AUGUUCGGCUCUCAAAGGAGGGGAUUGGGCACUCGGCGUCUGCUGCUGUCGCUUCUCCUCCUCACAGUCUGGGAGGCCGGGAGUGGUCAGGUCCACUACUCGGUCCCGGAGGAGGCCAAACACGGCACCUUCGUGGGCCGCAUCGCGCAAGACCUAGGGCUGGAGCUGGCGGAGCUGGUGCCGCGCCUUUUCCGGGUGGCGUCCAAAGGCCGCGGGGACCUUCUGGAGGUAAAUCUGCAGAAUGGCAUUUUGUUUGUGAAUUCUCGGAUCGACCGGGAGGAGCUGUGCGGGCAGAGCGCAGAGUGCGGCAUCCACCUGGAGGUGAUCGUGGACAGGCCGCUGCAGGUUUUCCAUGUGGAAGUGGAAGUAAAGGAUAUUAAUGACAAUCCACCUGUGUUCUCUCUCAGAGAACAAAAGCUGCUGAUUUCUGAAUCUAAGCAACCCGACUCUCAUUUUCCUCUAGAGGGAGCUUCUGAUGCGGAUAUAGGAGAGAAUGCUCUAUUGACCUACAGACUAAGUCAAAAUGAGUAUUUUUCUUUAGAAUUACCAACACAUAGUAAGCAGACUAAAAGACUGUCGCUUACAUUAAAAAAAUAUCUGGAUCGAGAGAAAACUCCAGAACUUAAUUUGCUACUGACUGCUGCAGACGGGGGAAAACCAGAGCUCACUGGCACCCUUCAGCUUUUCGUCCAAGUCUUGGAUAUUAACGACAAUGAUCCGGAAUUUGAGCAAUCAGAAUACAAGGUGAGAUUGAUGGAAAAUGCAGCUAAAGAAACUUUUGUGAUAAAGCUAAACGCCACAGAUCGAGAUGAAGGAGUCAAUGGGGAGGUAACCUAUUCCUUGAUGUCAAUUAAGCCCAAUGGAAAGCUCUUAUUUACACUAGAUGAAAAUAAUGGAGAAGUGAGAGUCAAUGGAACUUUAGAUUAUGAGGAAAACAAGUUUUAUGAAAUUGAAGUACAGGCCACAGAUAAAGGGAAUCCCCCAAUGGCCGGUCACUGUACAGUCUGGGUAGAUAUAUUAGACGCCAAUGAUAAUGCUCCUGAAGUCACCGUGACUUCUCUGUCUCUAGCAGUACGAGAGGACACUCAGCCUAGUACUGUCAUUGCGCUGAUCAGCGUGUCCGACCGUGACUCUGGCGCCAACGGGCAG